AUGGACGACUUUGCUCCUCCGACUGGCCCGCCCCCGCCCAAGGCCCCCGAGGUCCCUGCCGGAUGGGCCGUGCGAUGGAACGACCAGUACAAGGAAUGGUUCUACGUCAACAUCUACACCAAAAAGUCUCAAUGGGAGAAGCCCACUGCUCCCGUCUUCCCCGUCGGUGAGGAUGCGCCCGAGGGCCCUCCUCCCGGAUACCAGCCCGGCGACGGCCCUGUACCGACAGACACAAAAAAGAAUCCCUAUGACGACCAGCGCAACCAGACAGUCGGCGGCCCCUCUUCUACCGAGGAAGAUGAUGCUAAGCUUGCAGCCAGACUCCAGGCUGAGGAGGAUGCGCGCGCUCGUGGUGGCCCCGGUGGCCCUGAUGUCCCUGCUGGAUAUGGCGGCUCAAAUAGCCCUUUUCCUCAGAGCAACAGUCCUUAUCCUCAGCAGUCUGGCAGUCCCUAUCCUGCAGAACUUCCCCCGAGGGAGAGGAGUAAGAGCGGUGGUGGCUUCCUAGGUAAACUCCUGGGCAAGGGCAAGCAGAUGGCCGGAGGCCAUCAGAGCGGUUCUCCUGGUGGCGGCUAUGGAGGCGGCUACCAGCAACAGCAGUAUUACGGUCAACAACCCCAAGGAUAUCCUGGACAGGGUCCUCCCAUGGGCUACGGCGCUCAACCCCAUUACGGCCAACAAGGCUAUGGCGCACCCGGUGGAUAUGGCGGUUACGGUGGUGCUCCCGGCUAUGGUGGUGGCUACGGCGGUGGUUACGGAGGUGGUCACGGCGGCGGCUUCGGUGGCCACAGUGGUGGUCGCAAGCCUGGCGGUGGCGGUAUGGGAAUGCUUGGUGGUGCUGCUCUCGGUGCCGGUGCUGGUAUUCUCGGUGGUGCCCUGAUUGCGGAUGCCAUCAACGACAAUGAACAAGACGCCUACCAGGAAGGUUUCGAAGAUGGAGCCGACUAUGGUGAUGAUGGUGGUGACUUUGGUGACUAA